UUGCGUGACCAGAACCUUUGGGUAAAACUAAAUGGUUUUUGUAAAGAAUAAAUUUGAAAGGGUUUUUAUGCCAGUUCUAAAAUCUUAGUCCAAGAAUCCACUCCACUUGAAAAUUCACCAAAGGUUUUUGUUCUCUAAUGAUUAGAUCCCCUGUAUUAUACAAUCCAAUCACAAGCUCAGCAACUAGCACCUAGAUAUCAGCUAUUCACACCAAAUCAAAGCAUGAAUAGGGGAUACAGAAUCACUUUAUUUGUUUAUAAACUCAAAUCGGGUGUGGAUGUAUUUAAAAUAUAAAAAAACAGAAGCAUGUUGCCCCCACAUACUUGGCUUGUGCUUGAUUCUUUUCCUUUACAUGAAUCAUCCUUUAAGUUCUCAUGAAGUCAUUCUCCUUCCCUUUUUGUCUUCUAAUUUUCGUUUUCGGUUUGAUUUGUACUCUCUUCCAUUAGCUUAAUAACAAUUUCACAGUGUAGGCUUUCGGUUUCUCUUCAUUCUCCUUGUACAUUUUCCACCACCAUCAUGCCUCACCGAGAAUCCAACCCUCACUUCUCUAGACCGCCGAGACCUCAGCAAGAAGAUUAUCAGCAACCACCUAUUCCACCAGCAGCGCCACCCAAAAAACACCGUGGCAAACAAUCAAGACGUGGAGGAGCUGCACCUACACAUGAAGAAGAUGCAUCUCAGCACCCUCGUUUUCCAAUGGCAAUGCCAAUACCACCUGUAGAGUAUGAUGAUCGUGUUCCAUUACGAACAGAGCAGGAUCAUCAUUCUCCAUUGCAACCUGAUCACCAGCCAUCUAUUUUACGAGCACCACUCCAAGACCAAUCACACCGUGGAGCUUCACAUAAACAGCCCCAAGGUCAAGGUCUCCGGCCAGGCAAGUCACGGGUAAAUUUUCAAGAGCCAUCCUCCAAGGCAGGUGGCCCUCCAGUGGUACCGCCGCCUUACAUUCCUCCAGAGUUCCGGCAGCCGGCUACCCCGCGCAGGCAGGGCGGUGCUAUACGGUUGCCAAAAGAACAAAAGUCUCAACCUUUAACUUGGAUGGGUGCUUGCUUGUGUGUGAUAUUUUGGCUUGUCAUAAUCAUAGGAGGUUUAAUAGUCCUCAUUGUGUACCUAGUUUUUCGCCCACAAAUUCCUCAUUUUGACGUGUCUGGUGCUACCCUCAAUGCUGCAUACAUUGACUAUGGCUACCUUCUCAAUGCUGAUAUUACUUUGUUGGCAAACUUCACAAACCCAAACAAGAAGGUGCAUGUGGACUUCAGUUCUGUGACCAUUUAUCUCCACUAUGGAAAUACCCUUAUUGCUACUCAAUAUGUUGAGCCUUUUUCAGCUGCAAGGGUUCAAUCAAGGUUUGCGUAUAUCCACAUGGUCACUAGCCAAGUUCAAUUGCCAUUAAGAGAGGCACAGAGGCUGAUGAAACAAAUGGAAAGCAAUGGAGUUUUGCUUGAUGUGAGGGGAGUUUUCAGGGCAAGGUCUAAAUUGGGAACCAUCUUAAGGUAUUCUUAUAACCUUUAUGGCCAUUGUAGCAUCAUGGUAGCACGCCCUCCUAGUGGGAUUUUGCUAAAAAAGAAAUGCACAACCAAACGUUGAAGCAACAAUUUAGUAGCCAAGGUUUUAAAUUGCUGUCGCAGUCACGAACGCGUCAUGGUUGUGUUGCGGUUCUUCGUAUUGCAAAAAAUUAUGAACAAAUGUGCCCGUCGCAGCUGAAAUCAUGGUCACCUUGUGAUUUUGAAAACUUCCAAAACCUUGACGUUACAGCCGAAAUCACACCCGGACCUUCAUUUAAAACCAUGUUGGAAGCAUUAGAGAUAUUGUAAUGUUGGUAUUCUUUUUUGUCCUUGAAAAUUGGGGGGUUUUGGUUUUAAUAAUCUGCCUGUUCUUCCCUUAAAUAACAUAUUGAAAGGUUGAUUUUUUAUUUUGGGGGCUAGUUAAUGAAGGUGUAGUUUUUUUUUCUUUAACUACAAAUUUGUA